UAAUCCUGCGUUCACUGGGAGUUGGAUGUUGGAUCAAGUUGGAUGUUAGGUUGCACGUGUAACGUCACGCUAACUUAAAAAUGGCAGAAGACGAUAAGAGUAAGAAGAACAAGCCAUCGCUCGGCGAACUUCAAAGGAAAAUGAAAUGCGAGAUAGAACCUUCCCUUGUGGAAGUCAAACUGGAAUAUAAAGAUUGGCCUCUAUUGUUUAAGAAUUUCGACAAAAUGCUGACACGCACGAAACAUUUCACACCUUUAACAAGUGGUUCCACUCCACUCCAUCGUAGCUUAUCAGAGUACAUAAAGUCAGGAUGCAUCAAUUUGGACAAGCCAUGUAAUCCAUCGUCGCAUGAGGUGGUAGCUUGGAUAAAGAGGAUUUUAAGAGUAGAGAAGACUGGUCACUCAGGCACAUUAGAUCCUAAAGUAUCAGGAUGUUUGAUAGUUUGUAUAGACAGAGCAACGAGAUUAGCCAAGUCACAACAGUCUGCUGGAAAGGAGUAUGUUGCUGUGUUUAAACUUCACUCUGCACCAGAAAGUAUUUUAAAGGUGAAACAGUCAUUGGAAAAGUUGCACGGUGCUCUUUUUCAAAGACCGCCAUUGAUAUCGGCGGUCAAAAGACAGCUUCGCGUUAGGACAGUAUACGAAAAUGAAUUGCUUGAUUACAACAAGGAAACUAAUAUGGGAGUCUUUCGUGUGAGUUGCGAGGCUGGAUCAUACAUUAGAACUAUGUGUGUCCAUCUCGGACUCUACGUAGGUACUGGUGCCAAUAUGCAAGAACUUCGAAGGAUCCGUUCCGGUGUUCAGUCUGAAAAAGAUGCAAUGGUUACAAUGCAUGAUAUUCUUGAUGCCCAAUGGUUGUAUGAUAAUCAUGGAGAUGAAUCUUAUCUAAGGAGAGUUAUAAAACCAUUGGAAGUAUUAUUAAUGAAUCACAAGAGGGUCAUCUUGAAGGACAGUGCUGUAAAUGCAAUUUGUUAUGGAGCUAAAAUAAUGCUGCCAGGCGUUAUAAUGUAUGAUCAAGGAAUAGAGUUAAAUCAAGAAAUUGUAAUUGUGACUACUAAAGGCGAAGCUGUUGCACUUGCUAUAGCUUUGAUGACCUCUCCAACUAUGGCUGCUUGUGAUCAUGGAGUGGCUGCCAAAAUCAAAAGGGUAAUCAUGGAGAGAGAUUCAUAUCCGAGGAAGUGGGGUUUAGGACCUAAAGCAUUGCAAAAAAAACGUAUGAUACUUGAAGGGACCUUAGAUAAGUAUGGAAAACCAAAUGAAAACACACCUACAGGUUGGUUACAAAAUUACACUGAUUAUUCUGCAACUACAGCAAUCUCAACAGAGGAAAUUAAGACAGAAAAAAAUGGUGAAGUUAGCUCUAAAAAAAGAAAAAGAGAAGAUGAUACAGCAAGUGUAACAGAUACAGGUGUGAAACAAGAAGAAGCAUCACCAGAAUUAUCAUCACCAAAAGAUAAAAAGAAGGAGAAAAAAGAUAAGAAAAAGAAAAAAAAGGAAAAGCAACAUACGGAAGGUGAAGAGUCCAUGGUAAUAGAAGAAGGUGCUAGUGGGGAGUCUCCAGUAAAGGAAGAGAAAAAGAAAAAGAAGAAGAAAAAGGAUAAAAAUCGAGAACCUACACCGAGUUAGAUGGACUUUUGCAUACAAAAAAAAAGAAUUAGAUAAUUGUUAUAUAAAAUAUAAAAUUAUUUUCUUUAUAACCUUAUACGUUACAUUUUCUAGCUUAAGAAUCCACUUCUAGUUUUAUAUAUUGUACAGUAACUUC